AGCCCUAUCCUAUGUCCACCAUUUGACUCCAUCUUGUCUACAUCUUAGAUCAUAAGAUCUCAAAUGACUUCAGAUCUAAGAUCUAAAGCAACCAAACACGAUCUAAAGUUUAGACUUUAAGGUUUAUGGGCUGCUUGUGGACGAGGCUGCACAAAGAAUCAGCUGUUUUUUUCAGGAGGCUGCGCAGAUACUCGACGCUCAUAACAACUGGUGGUAGCCGCCGGAAAGGAAGAGGAAAAAUUGAAGGCAGUUGGUCUUUAACGCAGAAAACGUUGAGAGCCCGCUAACGUUCUCCAAAGAAAGGUGUGCUUUUUGCGACAGAAAGAACGCUGUGCUUUUUCUGACAGAGGACCGGGGAGCUCAGCAGAACCGGGCAGGCGGGCACCACACCAUAGUUUCAAAAAGCCCCAGAAAUAUUUUCUUUUUUUCUUUUGACAUUUUCUUCUGUCAUCAUAAUCUCGAGUUUUCCACAAUCGGUGCCAUGUGAAACUCCUUUCUCAAACAGGGGGCUGCUGAAUUUCGCACAAAGAACGCAAAAAAAAAAUUCCAAGCACAGGAAACCUAGGUACGUGGUCAGAAAAGCGAUCCAGAUAUUAGAUAUUUCCGGCCGGUUUACCACGUGGAUAGUAGGACCCAUGGCUGCGUGGCAGAAUUGCACUUUUCCAUCCUUAACCAAGCACAAUCUACAAGGUUCCCCGCAAAGAUAUUUCCACGACCCUUACAACAAAUAUUUUCCCCUUCUCCUUUCUCCGGUUCCUGUAAAUUAUCAGGCCGAUUUAUCACGGGCACCGACUUAUUGGAAUGGAAGUCCUGAUAAUGGAAUUUGGGUGAUGGGUUCUGAAGAAUACAGGAAAAGAGGUGACCAGAUUGGGUGCAAUUAGAGCGUUUGCACCAUGGUGUUAGUUUUGUGAUUGGGAGGGAAGAUCUCUCGUGCUUAAAUUUCGGGUGAUACUUGGGUAGAGAGUUUGAUCAGAAGAUAUGGGGGAAGGCAAUGAAAUGGUCGAUUUUGAUGCAGGGGAGGUGCGAGUGACGGAGUGGGAGGAGGGGUUGCCUCGCGAAGAGGAAUUGAUGCCUCUUUCACAGACCUUGUUCCCUCCUUUGCUCGCUUCGGCCUUCAGCAUCGUGCCGGAACCUUGCCGGAGCAUGCUUGACGUAGACCGUGCAACGCAGAACACGAUCAGGAAUCUCCGGCGCAGGUUUGAGACGGGAGUUCUGGAACACAAUUGGAAAACGCUUCCGACAUCCUCUAUGCGUGAUGGUUCUUUCGUUCUCGAGGACGAUGGUGGUAAUGGUGGCGAUGACUGUUCCCUCGGGGAGGAAAACGAAGGCAAGAAAGGGCGGAGGUAUUCGGAGGGGGAUAUGGAAGAGGCUGAAUCUGGGCUGAGGCCUGAGAAUUCACACGACGAACAGUCGGCGCGAGCGCUGAAGCGGCCGCGGUUGGUGUGGACUCCACAGCUGCACAAGCGAUUUGUCGAUGUCGUAGGUCAUUUGGGUAUCAAGAACGCGGUGCCGAAGACAAUUAUGCAAUUGAUGAACGUGGAGGGCUUGACGAGAGAGAACGUGGCCAGCCAUCUGCAGAAGUACCGGCUGUAUCUCAAGAGGAUGCAAGGUUUACCAAAUGAAGGUCCAUCCUCUUCUGAUCAACUCUUCUCCUCUACACCUGUGACAAACAGCAUCGCUGGACGGCCUUACGCAGGUUCACAGCGUGAGGAAUCAUCCAAGCACAUGCCUGUGCCCAUGCCCUAUGCCGCUCCUUUUGUCCCGAUGCCUGUGGUUGGAGUAGCACAUGGCCAUGGUCCUCCUGCAAUGCCUAUCGUCGCCCCUGGUGUGUAUAAUGGGUUCGAGACACAUCCCUGUAGUGGGAGCGGCAGAUACUUCGUUCCACAGAGAAUCUUACCAGGAGACCAACAAAGAGAAUGGUCGUGUAACACUUUUCAGUCGGUUAUGCCAUAUCCUUAUGUUACUCCUAACAAUAAAUGAACAGCAUAUUUAAUUUUUUCUUUUCUCA